AUGCUGUCCACCGAGGCCUGGAGUCCUAGCUGGGGCACGAUGUCCUGGGACUAUUCGGGCUCGGGCUCCCUGGACCAAGUGGAGCUGUGCCCCGCCUGGGAUCUGCCUUACGGCCACGCCAUCAUCCCCGCGCUCUACCUGGCGGCCUUCGCCGUGGGCCUGCCGGGCAACGCCUUCGUGGUGUGGCUGCUGAGCCGGCAGCGCGGGCCGCGGCGGCUGGUGGACACCUUCGUGCUGCACUUGGCGGCCGCCGACCUGGGCUUCGUGUUCAUGCUGCCGCUGUGGGCCGUGGCGGAGGCGCGCGGCGGCCUCUGGCCCUUCGGUGACGUCCUGUGCAAAGUCAGCAGCUUCGCGCUGGCGGCCACGCGCUGCGCGGGCGCGCUGCUGCUGGCGGGUAUGAGCGUGGACCGCUACCUGGCCGUGGGCCGGCCGCUGAGCGCGCGCCCGCUACGGAGCACGCGCUGUGUGCGAGCCGCGUGCGGCGCCGCCUGGGCUGCGGCGUUUCUGGCCGGCUUGCCCGCCUUGCUCUACCGGAGACUGCAGCCCAGCCUGGAUGGCGUGGGCAGCCAGUGCGCCGAGGAGCCCUGGGAUGCGCUUCAGGGUGUCGGGCUGCUGCUGCUGCUGCUGACCUUUGCACUACCUCUGGCUGUCACCCUGACCUGCUACUGGCGCGUGUCGCGCCGCCUGCCGCGCGUCGGUAGGGCCCGGAGCAACUCGCUGCGCAUCAUCUUCACCGUGGAGAGCGUCUUCGUGGGCUGCUGGCUGCCCUUCGGCGUCCUGCGCGCCCUCUUCCACCUGGCGCGGCUCCGGGCGCUGCCGCUGCCCUGCUCCCUGCUGUUGGCGCUGCGCUGGGGUCUGGCUGUCGCCACUUGCCUGGCUUUCGUCAACAGCAGUGCGAACCCGGUCAUCUACCUCCUGCUGGACCGUUCGUUCCGCGCCCGGGCCCGGUUCGGGCUGUGCACGCGCGCCGGGCGCCAGGUGCGCAGAAUCAGCUCGGCCUCCUCGCUCUCCAGGGACGACAGCUCGGUGUUCUGGGGCCGGUCUCCAAAGGCGAACUCUGCCUCGGCCGCUUGGUAGCCUCCCAGGGAUGGAGUAGGUGGAACGGAGCUUCAAAGAGAGGAACUAUGUGCUUGCAGAUGCGCCCGGGACUGCCCAUCGGCUUUCUCAGAGUUGGCUGCUGAGGCUGGCUGUUAUCGCAAACAGACGGGAAAGGAUAGGGUAUUUCCUUAAUUUUCCCCAGCGGAAGAAAGACUGUAGACACCCACCUGGAGAAAUGGGUUCACCUAGUAGAUGGGAGGGAAGUGGGUUCCGUUCUCCGGUUCAUUCUGUGUAAUUCAGCCCAAACAUCCAAUCCAGACUCUCAAAGGUCCUUCUUGCCCCUGCAAAAGCCUUUGUCCUUUGAGGAAUUUCUUCUCCUUGUCACUAUGUUUUCUACAUUGUUUCUCAUCCCCAAUUCGGAUUUUCAUUUUCAAAGGCUCACGAAAGACAUGGAAACCAACCCCAUGUGAGCUGCUCAAUUUGGUCCUUCCCACCUGUUGCCUCACCCUGAUGUGACCCUUCUCCCCUCUGGAGAUGCUGUGAGACUCACCCUGAAAGUAGUUCUGGCCUUCCUUCUGAAUGCCGGGAUCUGAAACUUUUCCGUGGGUGUUCAGAUUCCCCCUCACUCAGCUAGGGAUCCCAGGUUCUUCUGUGAGCACACAUCUCAAUAAAAACUUUUGUUGGCCCUA